CCUCCACUCGCUUCUGCUCUAGUUUCCUUCCUCUUCCACCACCAUCGCAUCCAGAGACACGGAGUGAUUCAAAACCAGGUAGCGUUGAAGAAGACGACCAGUGGUGGCCCGAGAGCCACACUCCGAUGAAGCGUUCACGCAGUUCAUUGCGGCAGCAGGCCCGGGAAGCCGCUGCCAUGCGGCUGCUGACCUCAUACUCGACGCCACCCAUGCCGACAACUGGAGCGGGAGCGGCGGCGAGGUGUGUUGCCAGAGGGACGCACAUUCAGAGUUCGUACGCCCCGCAAAACCUCAUCGGGGCGACCAACAACUGGAGCAGUGAGCGCAUGAACCUUCUUCGUAGAACUGGUUUGGGUGGGCUUCUUCAACUUAGGCAUGUAGGGAAUGUUGAUAGGCAGCGUGCACUCUGGCUCUUGUCACACAUAGACCCCGACACUAUGUUGCUAGAUGCAGGGGAUGAUGUGUUUGUGCCAAUAGAUGCUCGCGCGUGUGCUAGAGUCCUAGGUUUGGAGGAAGGCGGCAUAUGCAUCCCGUUGGGUAAGCCACCGAGCAGGCCUGCAGUCUUGACUAGGGUUCAUGCUCUUCUUAGCACGGGUAUAGCUAGAUCAAGCAAUGUUCCGGCCCAGAGGGUGUUAGCUAUCCUAGAGGAGGCCAUGGUUGGGGAGGUAGAUGCUACAAGGGAACGGAAGCUGUUGGCAGCAUACACACUGUAUGCCGGUGCAGUCUUCCUAGCCCCACGACCAACCUCGGCUCGUGUUCCAGAUGAGUUGCUUCCUGUUGUUGAAAACCCAGACCGUAUAGCCGAGUUUGACUUCUGUAACCUGGUUGUGGACGUCCUCCAUGAGGGUGCGAGGGCAAUCAGGGAAGCGCUGCCGCACCACCCGAGUAAUGUUGUGCUUCCGGGAUGCCUCAUGGUCCCCCUGUUGCUCUUCUUGGACGCCAAGGAGCAUGGUGUUGACGCCCUUGAGAGCCUUCCUGGGCCACGAAUCGCCAUUUAUGGAUCUUCACUGAUGAAAACCAUGUUGGCCAAGCACUUCCCGACUCAUUUUUUCCUUGGCGGCAUGCUUGCGAUUGGGGGCGACGAAGCAGCCCAAAACCCUUUGCCUCGGCCCCAUGCUGCCCCAGCAUCGCCAGACUUGGGUGCUGGGUCAUCCUCACACCCUGCUGAUGGAGCAAGUGAUGCUCGUCGUAGGCUCAACGCGCAAUCACCCGCGCUGCGGCUGCGGCCUUGUCUCUGACUUUGGAAAGAACUAAGCUUGGUGAUGAUAAAGAUUUAGAGUGCAUGCAAGAAUCAUUCCGCAUACUAGAUCUCCAGAAGAAAGCAAAGAUGGAGGAGAUAGCGAACAUGGCGAGCGAGCGACGCCAAAAAGAACUGGAAGAGAUGCUUGACAUGUUUGUGGCUGAAAUAUUGCACUUAUUGUCAUACGGCCCUGGUACAAAUGGUGCAGAAUGCUGGAGGAAUGCUUCUGAGAGGUUCUUGUCGCUCCCUCCAGGGGAUCAAGGGAGAGAGGACAUGGUUGCUAUGGCACGCACAACAGCAUCUGCUAUACAGAGGACGGCAAUCAGCAACUUAAACAUCCAGACAGGCGCACACAUUGAAUCAGGCAUGGAAGGCAACAAUGGCGAGCCGGGAGCACCUACUAGUGAGGCGGCGCAUGACGGACAUGCUAAUGCUGGGGUUGGCGUGGAAGCCGGCAAUGGUGAGCCUGCGUUGGUUUCAGUCGAAGCAUCUGGCGGCAGCAACCAUCAUGGUGGGAGUGCAGUGCAGGCACCCAUGCCUCUGGCCUUUAGGCGUCCGUCAACUGAAUAUAGCAGCGAUGAUAGUUCUUCAGAUGAUACUACAAGCAGCAGUGAUGAUGAUAUUGUUGAUGUGGACGACAGUGAUCUCUCCGGGAAUGCAAACUACCAUCAGAUUUCUUCAAAUGAUGAAACUCCUCGCCAGAUCAGACGGCUGUCAGCUAACAGUCCAAGACGCAACCUAGCAAUUGGUGGGCCAAGCUUUGAUGAAUCACCAGCACCUGCUGUGGCUGGUCCUGGAGUUCAAGCUCCAUUGGAUGUAGCUCCUGCUGUUGCUGCUCCUGCUCAACCAGACAAUGUAGCUUUUGGGUUGUCCCCAUUCCAGCUUGGUGUGGCCCAUGAUGAGCCAGUUGCAUUUCGUUGGGUCAAUUUCUAUCAGGAAGCAUUGGCUUGCCACAAUGAUGAGUUGUUCAUGGACUGGUUUAUGCAUAACAUGCUGUGGGAACUAUUUAUUGAUGGUACAAAGAUGGUGCAGAGUUUCCGCGAAAAUGGAACCAUGACUUACUACACAGUAGACGCUGGCAUUAGGAUGUUCAAUGAGAAGGAAGUUGAUAUGAUGCAAGGAACAGGGCAGCCUGUGUGGCGCUGUUUGACAUUGGCUAACUUUGCGGUUCAAUUCCUCACACUCCAGGAGAGUAUGAUAUGGAAACUGCUGUUAGUAUGUUCCUGCCAGAGAAACUGGCAUACUCUGUCAAGAUGUGCCGCCUGAUAAUGGCACCUGUGUUGCUGGAAGAUUCAAGGGCAUGGUGCCUGUACACGUUCGAUAGGCUAGGAAAAGUACUGACAGUACUUGACCCAGUUCAUAAUCUCCAGGAUAUAGACAUGUUGGCUAGGCUCCAUGCUCAAAAUGCAGAGCUGUUGCUCGAAGGACUCAAGCUGGUUGGCCAAACGCUGGCAGAUGGGUUCACUAUCAACAGGGCUAAAUGGGACAUUGAGUACAACCAGGGGAUGCAUGUCCCUUGCUCUAUAGAGGAGUCCGGGAUUUACAUCUUCCACUAUGCCAAGUUCUUCACUGGAGAACACCUUGUAGAAGACAUCGAUGACGAUGGCCUGGUCGUUCUGCGCAAAAGGAUGUUUUACGACGUGAUGUUGACAAGGGGCAACGUUGGCAAGAAGCCUGGCUUUAUGCUAACCGGCUGAUCGUCCCGAGUUGAAAUCUGGACUUGAAUAAAAUUGGUGCGAACAUUUUGCACAUCGGCCUGCCUGGAAAGAGUGAGCUUUCCUGAGUAAGGUUGCUCGACUAGUGUGGCUGAUUUGUCUUCAAUGCAACCUGCGGAAGCACAUCUAUCCCCCAUUUAUGCAAGCUUGUAUUAAAGACCAGACAUAUUAGUAGUAAUUGUGCCUGCUGAACACUAGUUUAAGAACUCCCCGUUUGUAAUAUUUGAGGCUUACCUUGCCUGCCGCAUUCUCAACUUAUCGCUUGAACUACUGGUGUGUAAUGUCUUGGACAUCCAUAUGAUGCCUUAAAAUUAUAUUAUCAGGUA